AUGUGCCAUUAUGUGGGUCCGCAGGGAGUCUCCACCGGGGAAUCCCAGGACAUCAAGUACUAUAUCCACAAACUCGAGGCCCGUGUGCAGCAGCUGUCAAACGAAAAUAGUCUGCCUCCGCCACCAGAGGUUCCGGUAAAUCUUGCCUGGACUCCGGGCAUGCUACUGGCGGACCCUCGGCCAGAGGUACAGCCAGUCCCUCCGGCACCCGAAGCCAAUUCCGAUCUGCAGCCUGAAUAUCCGGGAACCAUCCUCAUUCAAGAGGAUGGUACGAGCUAUCAUAAUCCUACGCAUUGGCAAGCUGUCUUGGACGAAAUCGCAGAGGUCAAGGAAUUCUUGCAAAUGAAUGAAAAUAGCUCUCCGGAGGAUGCGGAAGAGGAGAGUCUGGUCCCGGAGGUUUCAGGCCCAGUACUCUUGUUCGGAAACACGAUCUCCGCGACCAUCUCGGAGCUUCUGGCAGCCUUGCCAGCUCGAUCGACUGCAGACAGGUUGAUCUCCGCGUACUUGAACUCCAGAGAGUCACCACUGGUUCUUAUACAUACUCCGACAUUCACGCGCGAAUACUCUGCUUUCUGGAAGAAUCCUUCAGGCGUAUCAAUCAGCUGGCUAGCCUAUCUAUACACCAUUCUCAGCGCUGCGGCUGGGCUACAUCUGUUCACCACUGCCGGCAGAGCCGAUGGACAUUUUGCGGAAGCAUUUGAUCAAUAUUUCACAUUGUCGUCACAAUGCCUUACCAUGGCCGAAUACACAAGACCGGGGCGGUACAAACUCGAGACUCUCCUCCUCAGUAUUUGUUGUGAGAUCCUGAGAAGUACAGAUACCCAUGUCGGACCGUCAAUCCUCCUUGGCCUGGCAACUCGGCUCGCUAUCCAUAGCGGCUACCAUCGUGACCCCAAACAUUACCGCGAAAUAUCGGUAUUUGACGGGGAGAUGCGACGCCGUGUCUGGAUGUAUCUCUGUCUUCUGGACCACUACAUUUCGUGUCAAGCUGGUCUUCCACCCACCACAGCGCAGGCGCAGUCUGACACCUUGGAGCCGCGGAACUUGACCGAUGAUGACUUAGAUCCAUCGGCCACGACUUUACCUUCUGCCCGGCCGUCGACGGAGAAGACACCCAUUCUUUUCCCGGUAGUUCUGAAUCGGGUGAUGUUCGCAGGAGCCGAGAUUAGUCGCAAGGUCUGCUCUGUCAAGGGAGUUCCCUAUCGAGAGGUGCUGCGACUCGAUGCCAAACUACGAGAACUUCAUGCUGACAUUCCACCGCCUUUGCGAUUCCGUCCGCCGAGCGAGUCCAUUGCAGACCCCCCUACUACGAUUAUGGACCGCUAUAAUAUUGAUCUGAUGUACCAGAAAGCUCGAUCAGACCUUCAUCGAAGAUAUUUGACCCAACAUCGCCUAGAUCCCAAAUACGCGUUUUCACGCCGGGAGUGCUUGGACGCCGCAAGACGGGUCUUGCAACAUCAAUCCGAUAUCUUCAACGAGAGUUCACCGGGCGGGCAAUUGAAUUACGCCUCCUUCUUCUUCUCGUCCUCCGUGAUCAUGCAUUUUCGUGUUGCGGCGAUGAUCGUUUCGUUGGAGAUCUCAUGUCAAUCCCGGUAUGACCUUCAACAGAACCUGCCGCUCACUGUACGACAGGCAAUACUGGCAGAACGGCAAGAGCUUUCUCGGGAACUCGAGCGCUCUCACAACAUUUGGAACCAUCUUCGUUCCCAGUCUAAGGAAGCCAUGAAAACGGCGGAUGCUCUGCGGAUCAUGCUUCACGUCGCAAACACUCACCUGCAGCAUGGCGCAACACCAGGUGGGGAUCAACCCUCCCCGGCUCUCGCGGAUACUGGAAUGAUCAAUUCCUUCUCGGAACUUGAUCUCGUGCCAUCCCACUUGACCACGCCACCGAGUCAGAGUCAGAGCCCUCACACUGCCCUCUUUGAUGUCGACAUCAUGGAUGCAACGUUCUAUCUAGGACAGGACGUGGGUUCGGAUCAUGCACAAUUUGCUGCUCCUACAGAUAACGUCGAUUUCUUUGAUCGUUAUUGGGACAACCUGAUGCUUCUAGGCGACGACUCAUCGAUCAAUCGAUUGUGCAUGGAUCCCAAUGCUGGACUCGAGUUGAAUUAG